AUGGCUGAGACUAUCCUUAUUGUUGGUGCUGAGGAAAUAAUAGGCAAGCUGAUUUCAGUUGCUACUGAGCAGAUCAGCCUUGCUUGGGGUUUCGAGGGGGAGUUGACAAAACUUCGUGACUCAUUAACCACGAUUCAAGCUGUGCUGGCUGAUGCGGAGAGAAGGCAAGGGAGCGAAGAGUUCGUGAAGCUUUGGCUGCGGAGGCUUAAAGAUGUUGCUUAUGAUGCUGAUUACGUGCUGGGCGAGUUAGAUUACGAGAUUCUCCGGCGAAAGGUAGAGAUCCGAAACCAAAUGAAGAGAAAGGUAUGCUUCUUCUUUUCAUUCUCAAACCCCAUUGUUUUCCGUCUCAAGAUGGCCAACAAGAUUAAGACUAUUCAUGAAUCGCUAAAAGAGAUUAAUGAUAAAGCAAAUUCAUAUGGACUUGCUAGAGCGAGUCCAGUAAUUGCAAACCCAGAGAUUAUCCCAAACCGAGAGACAGACUCCUCUCUUGAUCCUUCAGAAGUUGUAGGAAGGGGAGAUUAUGUCUCAGAAAUAGUUGACUUGCUAACUGGGGCAACCAAAGAACAACUCUCUGUCGUUUCUAUAGUAGGAAUGGCAGGUAUGGGAAAGACAACUUUAGCAAAACAAGUGUACAACGAUGAGCGAGUAAAGAGACAUUUUGAUAGGACAAUAUGGGUAUGUGUCUCCGAUCAUUUUGAUGAUAAAAGGAUUUUGAGAGAGAUUCUUGAGCUCGUUACCCAUACCCCAAAUAAAUUAGAAAAUAAGACUGCGAUUCUUGAAUGCCUUCAAAAAGAGUUGCGAGGAAAAAAAUAUCUUCUCGUACUUGAUGAUGUAUGGAGCGAAGAUCUAAUAAAAUGGGAUACUUUGAGGAGUUGUCUGUUAGGAGUUAAUUCAAAUAUGGGAAACAUUAUUAUUGUAACAACUCGUAAAAGCAAUGUGGCUGAAAUUAUGGAGACACUUCCUCGAUGUAAUUUAAAAAGACUAUCAGAUGAUGAAUGUUGGUCUAUAAUCAUGAAAAAAGUAUCUUGUAAUGAAAUUACUCUAGAUUUGGAAGUUAUCGGAAGAGAGAUUGCUAAAAAAUGUGGUGGGGUUCCAUUAGUUGCGAGAAUUUUAGGAGGGACAAUUUCUUGUAAGAAGGGGAAAAGUGAAUGGUUAGCAAUUCAAAAUAGUAAAGUUUGGAAUUCUCCACUUGACAACUAUGGAAUCUUACCAAUACUAAAAUUAAGCUUUGAUCAUCUUUAUCCACCAUCUCUAAAAAGUUGUUUCACAUAUUGUGCAAUUUUUCCUAAAGAUUAUGAAAUGGAAAAGGAAGAAUUAAUUCAACAUUGGAUGGCUGAAGGGUUCCUUCAAUUGUCUCCAGGAAGAUCAGUAAUGGAGGAUAUUGGUAAUGAGUAUUUUAAUAUUUUGUUGGCAAAUUCCUUAUUCCAAGAUAUAAAAAGGGAUGGUUAUGGUGAUAUUGUUAGCUGCAAGAUGCAUGAUUGUGUACACGAUCUUGCUCUCUCAAUUUCAAAAGGGGAAACCUUGCAUUUAGAUGGCAAUUUGGGGGAUGUGUCUUAUAUUCGACGUUUAUCUCUUAUAUCUGAUGGCCAAACAACACCAACAAUCUCACUAUCUAGAGAAGGCAUGGGUAGGUUGCGCACAUUUUUUUCGUUGCAUGCUAAUCUUGGUGACAAGUUACUAAACUUAAAAUGUGUACGUAGUCUAACUUUAUUUGGGAGAUGUAUAGUAGAGUUGCCCAAGUCAAUCGAUAGGCUAAGACAAUUGAGGCUUCUUCGCAUUAUAGAGACCAAGGUCAAAGAAUUACCCAAAUCUCUCACAAAACUCUAUAACUUGCAAACUCUAAUAAUCAAGAAUUGCUAUUAUCUCCAAGAGCUUCCAAAAGACCUACAAAAUUUGAUUAGUUUGAGACAUAUUGAUAUUGAUCAUCGAUUCAUAAAACAAUUGCCGAUCAAUAUGAGGCAAUUGACUUGCCUUCAAACAUUGCCUUUUUUUGUCGUUGGUCAACACACUGGUGGUCGAAUUGAAGAAAUGGGAUACUUAAGCCAACUUAGAGGAAAGUUAAGUAUCUACAAUCUAGAGCACGUGAGAGACAAAGAAGAAGCCAAAAGUGCAAAAUUAUCGGAAAAGAAAGGAGUAAACAAGUUGGGAUUCCAUUGGAAUAGUGGAAGAGAAGGCACCAUUAACAAUGAAGAUGUACUAGAAGGCCUUCAGCCUCACCCAUGUUUGAAAAGCUUAAAGAUAGAAAACUUCCAGGGUGAGAAGUUCCCAUCAUGGAUAUUGGCGCGCAAUAACAGUAGUGGUGGUAUGUCACUCUUGGACCAUUUGUUGGAAAUCUUCUUAGAAAAUUGUAACGAGUGUGAAAAAAUUCCUACACUUGGGCAUUUAUCUCAUCUCAAGGUUCUUAAAAUAAAGGGAAUGAAUAAUGUGACAUGUAUAGGAACAGAGUUUUACGGCAAUUAUAGUGGUGAGGGAUCGGGUAACAGUAGAAAAGCAAUGUUCCCGGCUUUGGAAAAACUUUUUUUGGGGGAUAUGCUCAAUCUAGUGGAAUGGAAGGAUGCGAUGGAGCCAACAACAACAAGAACAACAGGAAUGGUGUUUCCUUCCCUCAAAGAAUUGGAAAUUGAAACAUGUGGCCGGCUCAUAAGUGCUCCAUGUCAUUUUCCAGCUCUCGAGCAACUAAUGAUUGGCGACACCAAAAGCAUUGCAUUCGAAAACAUUUGUAGUAAUCUUACUACACUCACGAACCUUUCCAUAGGGAGAGUAUAUGAACUUUCUUGUUUGCCAGAGCAGCUAUUGCAAAAUAAUGCGAGUCUCAUGGAUCUUAGUAUAUCGAGUUGUGCUGAUUUGGAGUCCAUCUCGCCACAUGAGGAUGUGUGGGCCUUCUGCACCUCUCUCCGAUCAAUUCGAUUAGAUGGCUGUAAGAAAUUGAGUUAUUUAGCGGACACGCUGCACACCCUUCAAUCUCUCGAGACGCUAGAAGUAGCCGGGUGUCCUAAUUUGAGGUCUUUUCCAAGUAUACAAGGUUUGGCGUCCCUUCAAUCAUUGGAGAUAUCGUGGUGUGGUGUUGAAGAUCUAUCGACUGGGCUGCAAUCAUGUACAUCUCUAUCAAACUUGGACAUCUUUUCAUGUCCUAAUUUGAUAUCAAUUCCAGAUCUAGGAGAAUGCUUAAAGACUUUGAAGAUUGGUUGGUUUUGUGAGGAGCUGGAUGCUUUCCCCAGUCUCAAUCCUAUCCAACACUCGCGCGCCUCCCUUGAAAUUCUAAGAUUCUUUGCCCGAGUGGUUGGGCAACCUUUCUUCACUUCAAACUCUGCAUCUAUAUCACAACAAGAACUUGAUGGAUAUGCCGACAGUGCAAGCCAUGCGACGCCUCACCAAUUUAAAAAAACUGGACAUUUAUAA